AUGUUCCACAAAAGGGAACAGGUGUCCGCGUGUGUUUCCAUCCUGGAGAGGCUCCUGCAGGCCCUGGACCCCCUGUACGUGAUCCAGAACCUCCGGGAAGAACUCCAGAAAGGGCUUUGUCACCCCGAGGACUCCGUGAAGAUCCUCACCAUAGCCCAGGUUGGGAGGAUUGUUGAAGACCCAGGUGCUGUCACAGAAAUUCUCAACAGCCCGGAGCUGUUACGGCAAAUAAUAAACUGCAUCGGGGGAGAGAAGAUUGCAGUGGCCAAGGAGGCCAUCAAAUCCCUGUCCAGAAUAGCCCAGACACAAGAAGGUCUGGAGGCUUUGUUUGAGAGCAGUUUGUUGAGUGACCUGAAGAAUGUCAUGGCCACGAGUGACAUCGUUCGGUACCGAGUGUACGAGUUAAUUGUGGAGAUUUCUUCAGUGUCAGCAGAGUCCCUGAAUUACUGUGCAAACAGUGGGUUAAUAUCUGAGUUAAUUGGGGAGCUCACUGGAGAGGAUGUGCUGGUCAGAGCCACCUGUAUAGAGAUGGUGACCUCGCUGGCCCACACCCCCCAGGGCCGGCAGUACCUGGCUCAACAGGGAGUGAUUGACAAAAUCUCAAACAUCAUCCUUGGAGCAGAGUCUGAUCCUUUCUCCAGCUUCUAUUUGCCAGGAUUUGUGAAGUUUUUUGGGAAUCUGGCAGUUGUAGACAGUCCCCAGCAGAUCUGUGAGCGAUACCCUGUCUUCAUGGAAAAAGUCUUUGAAAUGGCAGAAAGUCAGGAUCCAACCAUGAUUGGAGUGGCUGUGGACACCCUGGGAAUCCUGGGAUCAAAUGUGGAAGGCAAACAGGUUUUACAGAAAACUAGAAGUAGGUUCCAAAGCCUGUUGAGCAAAAUAGGGCACCAGGCCAAGAAUGCCCCCACGGAGCUACGGCUGCGGUGCUUGGAUGCCAUUUCAUCUCUUCUUUACUUGCCUCCAGAGCAGCAGACAGAAGACCUUUUAAGGAUGACAGAAUCCUGGUUCACAUCCCUGUCCAGCCAGCCCCUGGAACUCUUCAGGAGCAUCAGCACUCAGCCAUUCCCUGACCUCCACUGUGGGGCUUUACGAGUGUUCACUGCCAUUGCAAAUCAACCGUGGGCCCAGAAGCUGAUGCUGCACAGCCCGGGGUUUGUGGAGUACGUUGUGGACAGAUCUGUGGAGCCUGACAAAGCUUCCAAGGAUGCUAAAUACGAACUGGUGAAGGCCCUGGUAAACUCCAAAACAAUUGCAGAGAUCUUUGGGAAUCAGUAUUACCUGAGGCUCAGGGCUUACCUGCAGGAGGGCCCUUACUACGUCAAGGCAGUUUCUACCACAGCUGUGGAAGGAGCAGAAUAAUGUCACUGGUGUCUUGCAAAAUGUGUUCCUGAAACAGGGGUUGAGGUACAAGGUGUAAAGACUCUCCACUCUGGGGUGUCUUUAGGUUGUCUCUUUAAAGGAAUGUGAGGAUAUUUUGACUCUGUUUGAAAUGAGUCAUGAGAGCAAAUUAAAACCUAUUCGAUGUUUCCCCAUAAAUGUCACGGCAGAAGUUCCCUGUGUGCUGUCGUGAGACAACCCAGGUAAGCACUUCCCAACUGCUGCACUUCCCAACUACUGACUGGGUUUGAUUUUGCAGAAUUUGUUGGUGGCUGGUUAAAUUGUUGUUGGAUUUGGAGUUUCUAUCGUGUUUUCUCAGUAGGUUCCAGUUCAGUUAAAAAAGGCAAAAACCAAACACCAAAACACCUUGAGGUUUGUAACCUCAGAUGCUGCCAUAGUUUAUCUUUUUU